AAAGUAAAGACAACCAAAGUGAUAGUUCAGUAAAAGUAAAUCCAGAUAAUUCUCCGCAGCCGAACCCAGGAAAAGAUAGUCCGUCCGAAGAAAAAAAUAAUAUUAAAACUAUCAAGUUCGAAAAUAAAGAGGAUAAUCACGAAAAAAACUCCUCUAAAUCUACGGAAAAAUCACCGGAGGAUAACCAAACCUUAAUUCUUAAUUUAAGAAAUAUUAAGAAAAUAACUCUAACCUCGGAUGGCAACUUGGUCAUUGAAUUUAAUGAGUCAGAAAAUAAUCAUGCUAACCGGCAAAAAACUCAAAUUAUAACUACUGAACAAAUCAAGCAGAGCCAAGAACUCCAAACUAUCAAAAGUCAUUGUCAAAAAAAUGGCAAUUCUAGUUUAAGUCAGCAAGAAUUAAGUAAAAUUAUUGGGGCUGCUAACUCCACCGCCACCGAAAAGCCCCAGAAUGGCAAUAAUGUUCUUUUAAUCGGAGUUCUAAUCGGAGGUAUUGGCGUGGCUUUAAUAUUUGGAGUCGGGAUUGGAUUAUUACUAAAAAAGAAGAAA